AUGGCGGCUUUGCCCAACGAAGCCCGAGAGGUCUGGGACCGGCUGGGCCUGUGGGACCGGCUGCUGUGGCCGUCGGCGCCCCUCAGCGAGCGGCAGCGGGACUCGGUGCUCGAAGUGCGCGAGGCGUCGCCGGGCCUGCCGGCCCCACCCGAGCUUCCCAUUGAAGAUUUAAGCAGUCUUGGGCAGCCGUCAUCAACUGUAAUAUUGACAGCCACAGUGCCAGAAUCCCUGGAGAACAUCUUCUUGAAAGGGUUUUCCACUUUAGGUAUGGAAAACAAAAGAAUUGAAACAGCACAACAGUUCUUCUCAUGGUUUGAUGAACUCCGCACCCAGAUGGACCAAGAUGAAGGUGCAAAGUACAGGCAGACAAGGGCUUAUUUGUCUGGAUUUGAGGAGCAGUGUGAUGCUAUAUUGAAUGAUGUGAACAGUGCUCUUCAUCACCUGGAGUCAUUACAGAAGCAAUAUCUCUUUGUCUCAACCAAAACAGGAACACUUCAUGAAGCCUGCGAACAGCUAUUGAAGGAGCAGUCAGAGCUUGUGAACCUGGCAGAAAAUAUCCAUCAGAAACUGUCAUAUUUUAAUGAAUUGGAAAAUAUUAAUACAAAACUGAAUUCUCCUACGUUAUCUGUAAAUAGUGAUGGUUUCAUCCCUAUGCUGGCUAAACUUGAUGAUUGCAUUACAUAUAUUUCAUCACAUCCAAACUUUAGGGACUAUCCUGUAUAUUUGGCAAAGUUUAAACAAUGUCUUUCUAAAGCUAUGCACCUCAUGAAAACAUACACUGUGAAUAUACUUCAGAACCUCACAAACCAGUUAAUUAAAAGGGACCCUUCUGUGGUGCCCAUUUCAGACAAUGCCUUUACUUUAUUCUAUGUAAAGUUCAGAGCUGCUGCACCCAAAGUCAGAACACUUAUUGAGCAAAUAGAGCAGCGGUCAGAGAAAAUGCCAGAGUACCGGCAGCUAUUAAAUGAAAUCCAUCAAUGUUAUCUUGAUCAGAGGGAGCACUUACUGGGGCCUAGUAUUACUAGUACUGUAACAGAAUUAACUAAUCGGAACAACAGAGAUCACUGUGCUCUGGUACGAAGUGGCUGUGCUUUUAUGGUUCAUGUGUGCCAGGAUGAGCAUCAGCUGUAUGACGAGUUCUUCACAAAAUCAACACCAAAACUGGAUGAACUUUUGGAGAAGCUCUGCCUAUCAUUAUACGAUGUCUUUAGGCCAUUGAUCAUCCAUGUAAUUCAUUUAGAAACCUUGUCUGAACUCUGUGGGAUUCUCAAAAAUGAAAUGCUUGAAGAUCAUGUGCAAAACAACGUGGAACAGCUGGCUGCUUUUGCUGCUGGAGUUAAGCAGAUGUUAGAAGAUGUCCAAGAGCGUCUUGUCUACAGGACACAUAUCUAUAUUGAGACUGAUAUUGUUGGCUACAAGCCUGCCCCAGGUGAUCUUGCCUAUCCUGCUAAGCUAGAAAUGAUGCAGCAAAUUGCACAAAGCUUAAAAGAUGAAGUGAAAAAGUUACCGGCAGAUACUUCAUUUUCAGCUAUGAAGUCAGAAGACCCAGAGAGCUGCAGUGUGAUAAAGCUGGAUCCUUUGGAAUCCUGGAAUCCUAGACUUCACAGUACAAUUUCACCUGCAGAUCUCCAUGGAAUGUGGUACCCUACAGUCAGAAGGACUCUUGUUUGUCUCUCCAAGCUUUACAGAUGUAUUGAUAGGGCAGUGUUCCAAGGAUUAUCACAGGAAGCGUUAUCUGCCUGCAUACAGUCAUUGCUGGUAGCUGCAGAUUCUAUCUCUAAAAACAAGACCCAGGUCGAUGGACAGCUUUUCUUAAUAAAACAUCUUUUGAUCCUUCGUGAACAAAUUGCUCCUUUCCACACUGAAUUCACCAUUAAGGAAAUUUCCCUGGACCUUAAGAAAACUAGAGAUGCUGCAUUUAAAAUUCUGAAUCCUAUGACUGUUCCUCAUUUUUUUAGACUAAGUAGCAACAAUGCACUGAUUCAGUUUUUAUUGGAGGGCACUCCAGAGAUAAGAGAACAUUAUAUUGACUCCAAGAAGGAUGUUGAUCGGCACUUGAAGUUCGCCUGUGAGCAAUUCAUUCAGCAGCAAACCAAGCAGCUUGUACAGCCUCUGGAGGAAUUCCUUACAAAGGUUUCUGCUUUGAAGACAAUGGCUACACAAAGUGGUCCCAAAUACAGCCUCUUGCAGCAGCCUUGGGCACAACCAGUAAAGGUCAGUGACUUGGUGUCUUCAGCUUACAAGAAAAUAAAAACAAAAUUGCCAUCAACAUUACAGAGUAUGUCACUGUAUUUGUCCAAUAAGGACACAGAAUUCAUUUUGUUCAAGCCCGUUAGGAACAAUAUUCAGCAAGUGUUUCAGAAGCUGCAUACUCUAUUAAAGGAAGAAUUUAGUAAUGAAGAUCUCCAGAUUAUAGCUUGCCCUUCAAUGGAACAGGUGAACCUCCUUUUGUCAAUUACAAAAUAGUCCAUUAGUCUGGCUUUGAGAAGCCUCUUCAAAUUCUGUGUCUAGCAGGGAGGAGGAUACAAGACUAUUUGUCUGAAGCUAAUGAAGACUUGCAGUGCCAUUCUAACUGCUUUUACCUUUAUUCUGACAUCCGUUGAACAAAAUGAAGAUGGACAGUUUCUUUUUGUGCAAAGCCAGAAGCACUCCCCAUAAGAGUUUCAGCUCAUUGCCAGCACCUGUCAUGAGCAGCACUUAUAUUGAGUAAAAAAUGGCUCCUUGUAAUCUAAUUGCUCCACCAUCCUUCACCCACUGUUGUGUAUAGUGAAUAUCUGAUUUUUCUGGGGUUGUGCUGAAAAGAAAGUAGAAACCCCAAAUUUAAAAAGCAGGGGGUCAAAGAGUAUAUUGAAUAGAAGCCACCCGUGUCAAGAGUACUCCACAGUAUAUGUACAAACCUUUCCACAAUAUUUCAAUAACAUUUGCCAAAGUGUGGAUCCACUUAUGCAAGCAAGUUAUCACUGUGUUGAGAAGGUGUGUUUCUGGUCACACCACCCUCUGACCUGUUCUCUGACUCUUCUGGUAUUUACAAAUACUCCAUAGUUUCUUUGAAGAUUGAUGAAUGCUGACACUUUCCUGUUCUUAUACUCUGCCAAGAAACUUUAAUUCAUUGCCAUAAAAUUGCCUACACGGGAUGUGCAGAGAACGCUGUGCAAGGGAGAAAAACCAUUUCAUUGCUUACAAGGGCAAAACUGAACUAUAGAUUUUGGGAUACAUGGAAAUUAUAAUAUAAAAGGAGUGGUUGGGUAUAGUGGAGGAAUACAGUCAAACUACCAGGCCACAAAGAUUUGAUGCAAUAGAUAAUGCUUAUUCAGGAGAGCUUGCUUGCCUUAUCUGUUACAUAGGGAAGUGAUCAAGUGAGAUGGGGGAAUGUAUCAGGCAUCCCAUGUACUGGGAAACCACAAUUGGCUGUGACUUCCGUACACAGCAGUUUCAUGCAGGUCAUCCAUACAUUAUAAGGAUCAUCAAUAAGUUACAAUCUACACACCAGCAAUGAUUCUAGAAAUUAAAAAUAGUUUUGUAGAUUCUGGCUUGGCGUGGAGUGCCUUCUUGGUUGUGGUAACUUUAUAUUUUGCAUAAAGCUAAAUCCUUAUAACACUUGGAGUGAAAAGUCAUCUUCAUAAUGGUGUGUGUCUAUGUGUGUGAAAUGGAAUUAAUAAAAACUUUGAAGUUGCUGAUCUUAAA